GGAAGUCGGAGCGCUACCUCCUCGAGUCUCCGGCGAAGGUUCGAGGACAAUGAUUUCAAUGGGCCUCCGAGAGUUACCCCUGAUCACGCAAUAGCCUCGAGUGAAGUUUGUCCCUGUGGACUCAAUUUGUCGCUCUAUACCCGCUAAUUGCUCUCGGACGAGGGACCCCCUCGCCCACGUUGCUCAAGCGCCCGCCCUGACUAUUGGUCAGAUAUCUCCCACUGCUCAGCGAUCUCUAGACGGCUGGUCAGAGAUCCUCCACUGGCCAGCAAUCCCGACCCAUCAGCUAGAUCCUCAAAAGGCCCUGAUGGCCUUGAUCAGUCCCUUGCCCCCUCCUCCACUCAUCCUUGAAGCUACCUACUCCCACACCCGUCCUCGGAGCUCGACUGACACCAGCUCAACCUCGCUCGCCAAUCAGCCUCAUCUCAUAUAUCGCUAUGGACAUUCAAAAGGAGGACUGCUGGGUUGUACUCCGUACCAACGCCUUGCCACAUCUACGAAGCUACCUGCGGGACCGUCCCAACUUUGAUCCUGCCGGCCCGCUCGAAUGUCAGAAGGGCCUGGGCGAGAAGUGGGCGAAAGAGUUUUGGGAUCAAGAGAAAGGCCCUCCUUGGCCACAAUGGCUCAAUGCUUGGACCGCCAUCUGGAGCCAAUCUGGUAGUCAAUCGAGUGGUUCUACGAACUCUCAGGAGAAGUUGAGUGACUCGUUCACUGAGAUGAUAGAAGGCAAUGGGGACGUGCAGGACUUCCCCGAGCCCGACGACAGCAUCUUCUCCGAUGAGGAUGAAGACGAGGACGAAGAAGACAAACUCCAUGUCACGACUGGGACGCACUUUGUGGCAUCCGCCUCUACUGCGAGCGAUCGAGACUUAAGAGGAAUGCUGUCUGGCAAGAAGCUCAAGCUGUACGAGAACAUGCUGGUGAGUCGAGAAUAUCUUCUAUACCCUGCUCGAACGUCCUUUUGACCGAGUGGAUCUCGCCGCCGCCCCUACGUCCUCAGGAGGAAGCGAUUAUGCGAGACGAGCGCUGCUUCCACGAGAUCCGAAGGC